AUGUUGCUCUCGACGUACCUGAUCUCUCUCUGCGUUCUCCUCCCAAUAAAAUUCUCCACGUCGACGAAACUCUACUCGACCAUCGAGGCCAAGUCCUUGUCUAAGCAAGAAACUGAUAACCUGCGGCUGGUGUUGAAUUUCAUCCGUCAAUCUCCCGAGUUUCAUCCGCUCACGUUCUCCGUCAUAUUGCCAGAGUUUCAAUCAAGCUUCAUCGACCUUUUCCUGAGGCACGUUACAGAGAAUUCAAUUGAGGUUUAUAAAGUGAGAGCGAAAGACCUGUCCCUAAAGGCUACUUGGAUGGAUCAGCUACGACUAACUUGGAUCUUCGUCGUUCACGAUUUGUCUACCUUGAAUAUUUUCAUUUAUUGGCAGUGGAACCUGUGGAAGGCCAACAAUCAGUAUUUGAUUGUCUUCACGGGCAAAGGAGUGGCCGUGUUAUGGAGAGAGAUCUUCACGAACCUGUGGACCAAGUACAACGUGUACAGAGCCGUCGUCAUCUCUAUCGACGAUGAUUUUCGUUGUCUGAUGAGCUACAUGCCCUUUGAGAAAUUUAAGAGUAGCUACGGUACUGUGCACAAAUUGUGUAUGGAGGAUAAUCAUGUUAAACCUUCCAACGAGUACAAUUCUAUUCAGAAUUGGAAAUCGGUAGAUGAGCAUCCAAAGUACCAGGUAUCCAAAAUACUCCAAUUAAACAGAGGUUUGAGAUUGUUCGAGAACUUUCAGAAUUUGAAUCAUUAUCCCUUAAACGUGAUCGUGUUCGAGUCUCUGCUGAUGAACGUUUCGUACGACGAUCAGGACAGACUGAGAUUAGACAAGCCUGACGCCAAUGUGAUGUUUGCCCUGGAGAAGGCGAUGAAAGCCAAGUUUCUUAUAAAAGCUAUGAGGAAGGUUGACUUCACGGAAGAUCCAUUUGCCUCCUCUCUGAAGAGGAUCGAGAACGGAGAAGUGGACAUGGUCAUCACCGGUUUCUUUGUCAAGGUAUACAACAGGUUCCAGAAGUUCCAGUUCACCUGUGCCAUGUACGAAGACAGACUAUGCUUCGUGACUCCAGACUCAGGCCUGGUACCCAAGGCUUACAUGCCUUUCCUACCAUUUCAAAAAAGCUUAUGGGCUAUGCUGAUGGUGUACAAUGUACUAAUCACGUUGCUAUGGUGUCUCGUGAAGUAUGCCAGCGAAUCCUUUCGUCGUCCAGACUCGAUCGAUCAUCGAUUAAAAAUUAAUCCUUCGAAGAGAGAACCACGGACCAAGGAUCUCCUCAGUAGCAGAACCAGAGACUAUCUUCCAACUGUAAAACCGCGCUGUUCCGAACAAGGGAUUCGCAAGGGUCCACCAGAAAUUCCUCGCUACCUCAGCAAAUUCUUUACCUUUGUCGAGUACCUUUGCUAUCCUUUUCAGAGUAGCGAAACUCCGGCUCAGAGGUCUCUGCUUUUCGGUACCCUGUUCUUCGCUCUGAUAGUUAACGGGCUGUACCAAAGCUUCCUGGUGUCCAGCCUCAGCAAACCUAUUCAUUAUCCUCAACUGCAUACCCUGGAGGACGUGGUGGAGUCCGGGAAGCUCGUGAUCACCAAGUACGCGAAUCUCAAGAACGUUUUCUUGGACGAGUCUCAGUUAGACAUGAAACUGAUCCAGAGGAUCCACGUGAUCAGCACUAGACGAUCUACAAAGGACAUUGUGGCUUAUGAAGAUAAGAUCGCGAUUACUAGGUACUAUACGAUGGAGCUGGAGGACUUCGACUAUUACGACAAAGAGGGGAAUCCUUUGUUAUACUUGGUUGACGAGUGUCCAAUGAACUAUAGGGUGUCCUAUGUGUCCAGACUGCAUUCUCCUUACGCCGAAAGAAUGGAUUUCAUUUUAUUGAGACUGAGGGAAGCUGGGUUAUUAAACUUCUGGUUCGAGAGUAUGUUAUACCUGAACAGGGUUGGCAAAAUGAAGAAAAAGUUGGACAGUGAAGAUAGCAGAAACACCAAGUUAUCUCUGGAUAACUAUACCUUGACAUUUUUAUUCCUGUUCAUUGGCCUCUUUGGAUCCGUUUUAAUGUUCUUUGGCGAGGUGUACAUGGCGAAAAGAAAUUUGAGAAAGCGUUGA